AUGGAAAGUAACGGCAGUCACCAUCACCAUCUUAAUCAGAAUCAGAAUUUCAAGUACACUCAGUUUUCUAACGGCGGCGGUUGUGAUUAUCAUAAUUAUGAUGAUAAUCAUUAUGAUAACCCCGACGAUGAGAUAGAUCAAGUUUUGGAAUUUUAUAGUAAUUAUAAUAGCAAAAGUAAUGGUAAAGGGAAGGGUCGGAUUAAAAUACCGUCGCUAUCAUCAACUAAAACAGCAACGACGACUUCGUCUGCUUCUAGCUCCUCAAAUGGUGGUGGCGUUGGAUUUAUUGAACAUCCGGUUUCGAAGCUGGAUACUCUUGCUGGCGUUGCUAUUAAGUACGGGGUGGAGGUGGCUGAUAUAAAGAAGAUGAAUGGCUUGGUUACGGAUCUUCAAAUGUUUGCUCUCAAGUCACUCCAAAUUCCACUACCUGGAAGACAUCCACCCUCUUCUUUCUUAUCAAAUGGUUUUGAUGGCCCAGGACAAAGCAGUUAUGAACGGACCCUGCCACUUGGUUUGCAGUCUGAUCCCUUUGAUUCAUUUCAAUCUUUGAAGCCUAAAUCUUCACAGCGUAAGGUUUCUCCAGCCAUGAGCUCUUUACAAGGUUACUAUGGGCUUCAGCCGAAAGAUCAAAGGGCCACAUCUGAAGGUUUUGAGAUGGCAGUCUACAGGAACGGAUAUUCUCACCAUCUGGAACGUGGCCCGUAUCUUAAACCAUCGCCAGCUUCCCACCCACCUUUGAAUCUCCAUCGGAAAACUAGAAGCUUGGCUAAUGGGUUACUUGACGAGAAAAAUGGAUUGAUUGACAAAUUAUUCCUUGAUGAAGCGAAGGAAGGUGAGUCAGAGAAAUGGAAUGAGAAAUUGGUGAGAAGACGUCAGAAAUCGGAAGCUGAUUUCACUUCCAUCUACUCUGAUCUGCUGAUUAGAGAAGAAAACAGUCCCGCUGUUUUCUCAACAAUUACUGGAAAAGGCUUAGCCCUCAGACCUAAAGCAGGAAACCGCACUACAACAGAUGUAGAGGCAGGUGGUUUGACCUCUGCGCAAUCAGGUCCAGGAGAUUUGGCUGAUGGAUUUCUCAUGGUAAGGAAGUCAUCAAGCACACCUAGUUUGAAUGAUCAAGACGGCAUUAGUUCUUCCAUCUGGUCAACAUCAAAGUGGAGUUUGAAGCCGGAUUUGCAGGUCUUAUCUGCUGCAGCCAUUACUAGACCAAUCUUUGAUGGAUUGCCAAAACCAAUAACUGGUCGGAAAAACAAAACAGCACUUGAUUAG